GUCUCUCAUUGGCACGAGAGCUGUGGCGCAGUAAGCUGCAUUAAUUCGCGCUCUCGGAAGCCACAAUUUAAGUGAAUUGUCCACGAACACAACAGCUACCAGUACAGCUGACUUUGAUGUGUUCGUGAGGCUUAUAGUGGGUGGCUGUCAGCAGAGAGAAAAGAGCAGAGGAACCAGGCGAGGACAGAUAUUCAGACUGAUCGAGAGUGGAUGCGGGAGCCACAGACGGCGGACGGAGAGCUUCCAUUAGUGCACUCUUGACCCCCGCUGCCGGGCACCAUGGCACACGCCAGCUACAGCCCCUCACGCAUCAGGGGCUUGUCUGUGAGGGACAUUCGCUUCCCGACCUCCUUAGAGAGCGACGGGUCAGAUGCCAUCCACCCGGACCCCGACUACUCGUGUGCCUACGUCGUCGUCUACACCGACACCACCAUCAAGGGCUACGGCCUCUCCUUCACCAUCGGGCGUGGCAACGAGCUCGUGGUGGCGGCGGUGAAGUCACUGUCAAACGUGGUGGUGGGGAAGACGCUGAGGUACAUCUUCGAUGACUUCGCCCGCACCUGGCGGGCACUCACGUCUGAGUCACAGAUGCGAUGGGUGGGGCCGGAGAAGGGCGUGAUCCACCUGGCUGUGGCGGCCAUCACCAACGCCCUCUGGGACCUGUGGGCGCGCAUCGAGCACAAGCCGCUCUGGAAGCUGCUGGUCGACAUGGAACCCGAGAAGCUGGUGUCCACUAUUGACUUCAGAUACAUAGAGGAUGUGCUAACGAAGGAGGAGGCGAUUCAGAUGUUGAAGGAAAUGCAGCCGGGGAAGGAGAAACGCGAGGAGAGGAUGCUGACGCGAGGCUACCCGGCCUACACCACGGCGGCAGGAUGGUUGGGCUAUCCGGAGAAGAAGAUUGAGCGGCUAUUGAAUGGCUUCAUGUCGGAGGGUUGGAGGCACUUCAAGAUCAAGGUGGGGCAGGACCUGGAGGACGACAAGCGGCGGUGCCAGAUUGUCCGCAAACUCAUCGGCGACGAGAGAACGCUGAUGGUGGACGCCAACCAGAAGUGGGGCGUGAACCAGGCCAUCGAUUGGAUGAAGGAGCUGGCGCCUUUCAAGCCUCUGUGGAUCGAGGAGCCGACGAGUCCUGACGACGUGUUGGGUCAUGCCGCCGUGGCCAAGGCUCUGCGGCCACUUGGCAUCGGGGUGGCGACGGGCGAGAUGUGCCACAACCGCGUGAUCUUCAAGCAGCUCCUUCAGACCCAAGCCAUCGACUACUGCCAGAUCGACGCGUGCAGGCUGGGCGGCGUGAACGAGGUGCUCGCCGUGUACCUCAUGGCCAGGAAGUUUGAAGUGCCUGUGUGCCCUCACGCCGGCGGGGUGGGCCUGUGUGAAAUGGUUCAGCACCUCCAGAUGUGGGACUACGUGAGCGUGACGGGCACCACCAAGAACCGCAUGAUCGAGUACGUGGGGCACCUCGAACAGCACUUCAAGAACCCCAAGAGGAUCAACCGCUGCCACUACAUUGCUCCGAGGGUCCCGGGCUACAGCGUGGAGAUGUGGGAGAAGUCGCUGCAGGACUACGAGUACCCCUACGGCCCCGUGUGGAAGGAGCUGUUCAAGGAAGGCAGAUACCGCGACCCCGAAAGGAGCCCGCCUCCAUGGGUGGAGCACCGCCUCUCUGGAGACAUUGUCUGCCGCUGAACACAAGACGAACAACCAUGGGGAUAGUGUUUGCUCGCUAUUUUGUACGUAACAUGCUCAAAACUUGAACUGAGGCAUAAAAUAAAUAACCUUAAAAUAUA